AUGUCCCCAUUCCCAUUAAAAGGAGCUCCAACAAGGCCUCACAAAAACAUGCAUCGUCUGUUACAAAGGAAUCUUAAUGAAGCAUCUACACCAGCUGCUACUAUAACAUCCCCUUUUGUUACCCCUACAUCCACACCAACAACAUCUACCUCUCCACUAUUUGGCACUGUAUCAACCCCGUUAUCCAACCCUUCAAUCACACUAGCAGCUUCAUCUACCCCUGCAUCCACACUCGUAGGAGAAGAAGUUGAUGAAAGUGAACUGUUUUAUAAAGCUGUCAGAGGACAUGACCCUAAGAAAAACAUUUAUAGGCUUGGAUCAUAUGGCGGGUCCAUUUUUCCUGAAAACUCUUCUCAAACAUGCACUUCAUCGGGGACAACUUUUGAAAAACAUCAUCUUGAAACAAAAAUUCAUAAACUAGAGGAAACCAUAGAGCAACAAAGGACAGAGUUGAAUGAAGUGAGAAACAUGGUCAAUGAUAUGAGAAACACGAAUAGUCAGUGACACGUUCAUUUAUUGCAUGUUUUUGAUUUCUAGUUUAGUUUGAUUAUUAGAUUAGUUUUAUUGGUGUUUUGGACAAAGCAAAAUUUAAUUUCAUGAUAAACUAUUUUUUAUUAAUAAUUUAUGUAAUUUUUUUUUUGUUUAUUGCAC